AUGACCUCAGUGAUUCUCAACCAGGAUGGUGCAACAGCAUCUGCCGGAACCUACUCCUUCAGCAGCCGUCCCCGAGCAGUGCCCAACAGAAAGCGCUAUCAAGAACACUAUGUAGACAAAGGACCUGUUCACUAUGGGAACAUCAUGUAUGAUCGGAGAGUGGUCCGAGGAAACACAUAUGCUAUGCAGAUGUUAUCUUGGAGUCCAGAACCUGAUCCUGCUGAAAUCCAGAAGCGACGUAAAUCCCACAAGAAAAUGCUUGAACGGAAGCAAUCAAGGGUGGAGAGCGAGGUGCAUGUGCCAGAAACUGAGGACGAUGGAAAACGCAUCGAUGUGCAGACAGAACUGUACCUGGAAGAGCUUGCAGAUCGCAUUAUUGAAGUUGACAUGGAGUGUCAAACAGAUGCUUUUAUAAAAAGGCCAUUCAGCCCAUUGUUCAUCCCAGAGAAGACUGGGGCUGACGUAGCAACACAAAUUGAAGAAGGAGAGCUCUUUGACUUUGACAUUGAAGUUAAACCGAUGCUUGAGGUGUUGGUUGGGAAAACCUUGGAGCAAGCUUUGCUUGAAGUCAUGGAAGAAGAGGAACUUAGCAAUCUUCGGGCACACCAAUAUGCCUAUGAAGAAUUGCGCAAAGUAGAGUUGGCUGAAGUACAACGCCUCGAAGAACAAGAGAGGCGGCACCGCGAAGAAAAGGAACAUCGCAAGACACAGAAGUAUGGAAUACAAGCAAAGGAAGCUAUCAUUUCAGAGAAAAUAGCAGCCCGGGCAUUUGCUGUACAGUAUCUGACAGAUCUGAUUCCUUCAGUCUUUUUUAGCCUUCGGAAUAAAGGAUUUUUCUAUGAUGAAGUACAGAAUGAUAUUGAGAAAGGAUUCCUUCCAUAUGAGAUGGAUUCAGUAGGAUAUCUAAUGGAGAAGAAGCUUCUAGGAAGAAUAAUGACAGAUUGUUUGCGGGAGGUAGCGCUCUUUCCCUUCCUUAGGAGCAAGUCCCAUGGAGCUCAACGAAACUUUUACCCCGGGAAGCGUGCGAAAGAUCGCCGCUCCCUGAAGCCGAGUGCCACGGCGGUUUUUACUCUCAGGAAAGCCCCGCUUGAUCUAAAUCAAGGACCCAUAUGUAUUGGCGUGAAUGGAAUUGCGGACCUCUUCGGGUUUGCUGUAGAGUUCGGUUGCGGAACGCUCCGUGAAUGGGCGAGCAUUUCAUCGCCCUAUUUGUGCUGGUUACUAAAAGAAUUUAUGUCCCCUUUCUCGCGUAUUGCGCUGGAGUGA